ACGCAGACUAACAAUGGCGAAGUCAAUGGUCAACCGAAGCCCAAACCCAGGCCCACCCAACCGUCCAUGGAAGAAGAAGAAGAUUCCUUUCGUUUUCCCUCCUCUUUUCCUACCUUUUUCAUUCGCACCGAAGAGAAAAAGCGUCCAGAAUUCCUUACUUUGCUUCGAUCCCUCCCAGUCUCAAUCAUUGAAUCCUCGUUCCUUUCCUCAAAUUUUAAAUACGAGCAGUAAACGCUCUCCUUCUUCCGACAACUUUCGCUUCACUCGUCUCCUCCUCCUCCUCCUCCUCGCUUCCUCUUCCGAAUCCCACGUCGCUUCUAUCUUCCCCGUUGACUCCCCGGCGACCGGGGGACAGAGAGACCGGAAUCGGCGCAGCAAUGGCGGCGACCAGCGAUUUGGCGGACAGGGCGGGGGCGGCCUUCCUGGACGACGACUUCGAGUCGGCUGUUGACUUCUACUCCAAGGCCGUUGACCCGGGCCCCGGGAGCGCCGAUCUGUACGCCGACCGCGCUCAGGCCCACAUCAAGCUCCGCAACUUCACAGAGGCCAUUUCAGAUGCAAAUAAGGCAAUCGAAUUGGACCCUUCAUUGGCCAAGGCAUACCUGCGAAAAGGUUCUGCCUGUAUGAACCUUGAAGAAUAUCAUACUGCCAAGGCAGCUCUUGAAAUGGGUGCUUCUUUGUCGCAAGAUGCUUUGAGAUUCACCAACCUAAUUGAAGAAUGUGAGAAGCGCAUUGCAGCUUCCACAGAGGAUGUAACUGAUCAGAAGGCACAUAUUUGUGCCCUUCCUUCCUCUGCCACUGCCCUGCCAUCUGAUCAAAAUGCUGACGCAGAUGAAGAAAUUCAGAAAGGGCAUGGAAUGGUACAGCAGAUUAAUGCAAUCGAACCAGUCAAGCCCAAAUUCAGACAUGAAUUUUAUCAGCAACCAGAUGAAGUUGUUGUGACAAUAUUUGCGAAGGGUGUUGCACCAGAGGAUGUCCUUGUUGAGUUUGGUGGACAAAUUCUAAGUGUGAGAAUCAAUGUGUCCAGUGACGCUUAUAACUUUCAAACUAGAUUGUUUGGCAAGGUAAUACCUGAAAAGUGUAGAUACCAAAUAUUAUCAACUAAAAUUGAGAUUCGUCUUGCAAAAGCUGAAGCAAUCCAGUGGAGGUCUCUUGAAUAUAGCAAAGAAGCUACAGUUCCCCAGAAAGUCAAUGUGCCAUCAGUUGGACCAAACAGGCCCGCAUACCCGUCUUCGAAAAAUAGAGCUGUGGACUGGGACAAGUUGGAAGCCCAAGUCAAGCUGGAGGAAAAGGAUGAGAAGCUUGACGGUGAUGCAGCUUUGAACAAGCUUUUCCGAGAUAUAUUCCUGAAUGCAGAUGAAGACGCGAGAAGAGCUAUGACAAAAUCAUUUGUCGAGUCUAACGGGACAGUCCUCUCUACAAACUGGAAGGAAGUGGCUGAGAAGAAGGUAGAAGGUAGCCCUCCCGAUGGUAUGGAGCUGAGGAAAUGGGAAUACUAACUCGGCUGUGGUGGAUCAACUGCAUCUUGCUGCAACUUCAUGCUCGAUGAUUUUGCUUUACAGGAACAUCUUCCACUUUCAACAUUGUCACAUCAUGACUAUUGAUGGCGAAUACCCUCUCUUUCCGACUGUGUUAAUUCUUUGCCGUGUCCUCUUGUUUGGAUUUUGUUUGUUGUUUUUGGUAGUGAGUCUGUAUUUUUUGCGUGAACGCCGUACGAACAUUUGGAGUGUCUAUUCUUUUUGCCCGUUGUCCUCAAUGAAUUGUAUAUAAAUCAGUUUGCUUUUCAUGUCACCGCGAUGAAGUGGAGGCAGACUUUGUAUUGUCCUGUUGUGAAAUGCGAUGGACAGUCUUUCUGUUUUCAUAA